CUCUGUAAAUAGCAGCCAUGAGGCUCCCAGGCGCAGUGUCCUCGUGGGUCCCCGACGGUCAGGACGCCCCCUUCGCCUGACGUGCGCUGCAGGAGCCAGCGUCCCGCAAGCGCUCAUGAUGAAGAGGGAUCUGGCUCUGAUCGGCCUGGCCUUCCUGUGGCUGCUUCCGGCCGGACGUCCUCAGCAGACGGCCGAAGAGGCCUGCUCCCUGCACAUUCUCGUCCCAGGCCUCAAAGGGGACGCUGGAGAGAAGGGAGACAAAGGUGCGCCGGGACGGCCUGGGAGAGUCGGCCCCGCAGGAGAGAAAGGAGACAUGGGUGACAAAGGACAGAAGGGCAGUGUGGGUCGCCAUGGAAAAAUUGGUCCCAUUGGUUCUAAAGGUGAAAAAGGAGAUUCUGGUGACAUAGGACCCCCUGGCCCUAAUGGAGAACCAGGCAUCCCGUGUGAGUGCAGCCAGCUGAGGAAGGCCAUCGGCGAGAUGGACAACCAGGUCACCCAGCUGACGACGGAGCUAAAAUUCAUAAAGAAUGCUGUCGCCGGCGUGCGCGAGACGGACAGUAAGAUCUACCUGCUCGUGAAGGAGGAGAAGAGGUACGUGGACGCGCAGCUGUCCUGCCAGGGCCGCGGGGGCACGCUGGGCAUGCCCAAGGACGAGGCCGCCAACGGCCUGAUGGCCGCCUACAUCACGCAGGCCGGCCUGGCCCGCGUCUUCAUCGGCAUCAACGACCUGGAGAGGGAGGGCACGUUCGUGUACUCGGACCGCUCCCCCAUGCAGACCUUCAACAAGUGGCGCAGCGGUGAGCCCAACAACGCCUACGACGAGGAGGACUGCGUGGAGAUGGUGGCCUCGGGCGGCUGGAACGACGUGGCCUGCCACGUCACCAUGCACUUCCUGUGCGAGUUCGACAAGGAGCACGUGUGAGCGGGCGGCCUCGGGGUGACCGGCCCCCCGCGCCCCGGGCCGCCCCUGCCACCUGCGCUGGCCGCCUCCCACCGGGCCGCGUUCCUGGGCCGCAGACGGUGGCGGCGGGCGCUCAGGAGGAGAGACAGCGUUUCCGGGCGUGACUGCUGAAGAAGCCAGGUUUUACCACUCGUACGGUAGCCACAUGCUCAUUAGGGAGUUCUUAGUCAGAGUCGCGCUUGCCUUUGUCCAAACUAUAGAAUAAAAGCUUGAAAUGUGGCUGGAGUCGAGUCCAAACAAUGGUAGCGGGGGCUUCAGGGACCAUCUCCCUUUUAAUUUCUGCGUGAGAAGAACCCACGUCACUUUGGCCAAUGCUUCUGUAAAUUACAUUAAAACGCAC